GGGUCCCCACUCCGGGCCCGAGGGAGCAGGGUGGGGGCCUGGGGAGGAUUCUGGGCACGGGUUUCUUAGAAGGGAAGAUGACUUUUCACUGUAACUGGGGCUCAUGCAGGAAGCCCGAGGGAGCAGGAGGCGGAAACGUGCCCACAUCAAGGGCGCAGGCAGGACCGGGCGGAGGGGUACAGGGGCGAGCAGAGCAAGGGCUGCAGGGUGCGAGGCCUGCCCUUCUGUCCCUUCCCAGACCCUGCCACAGGCAUGAGGGGUCUCCGGCCGAGAUGACAGUGCUGGUGCCAGCCUGGAGCCCAAAUUCGUCCCUGCUGCUGCUGCUGCUGCUGCUGAGCCCUUGCCUGCGGGGGACGCCUGACUGCUACUUCAGCCACAAUCCUAUCUCCUCCAACUUCAACCUGAGGAUCAAGAAGCUGACUGACUACCUGCUUAAAGAUUACCCCGUCACGGUGGCCAUCAACCUUCAGGACGAGAAAUACUGCAAGGCUCUGUGGAGCCUCUUCCUGGCCCAGCGCUGGAUGGAGCAGUUGAAGACCGUGGCAGGGGCGGAAAUGCAGGGGCUCCUGGAGGCUGUCAACACCGAGAUACACUUCGUCAGGUCAUGCGCCUUCCAGCCUCUCCCAGAAUGUCUUCGCUUCGUCCAGACCAACAUCUCCCACCUCCUGCAGGACACCUGCUCCCAGCUGUUGAUUCUGAAACCCUGUAUGGGGAAGGCCUGCCAGAAUUUCUCUCGGUGCCUGGAGGUGCAAUGUCAGCCAGACUCGUCUACCCUGCUGCCCCCCAGGAGUCCUGUCGCCCUAGAAGGGACCGAGCUUCCAGAGCCUCCGUCCAGCCAGCUCUUGCUACUGCUGCUGCUGCUGCCUCUCACGCUUGUGCUCCUGGCCGCUGCCUGGGGCCUUCGCUGGCAAAGGGCACGGAGGAGGACGGCGCUCCGCCCCGGGGUGCCCCUCACCUCCCAUCCCUAGGAUAUGACACUUGGGCGGCGUUGGCUCAGCCAGGGGCUUGUCUCGAGUUGGGAACCAAAACAAGGAACAAGCUAGGCAAAUACUGUACUACUACUGAGCUACAUGCCCUGCCCAGAGGACACAAUGUCCAGGCAUGGUGAUGGACAUCGGCAGUCCAGUACUUCUGAACUGGAAACGCUGAAGCUGGAGGAUACUGACUUUAAACAAAAAGGAAGAAAAAGAAAGAGAGAGGAACACUGUAGCCCUGUGUGGUGGCUUCUGUCAUCCCAGCUCCUUAAAAUAAAGAGCUGGGUAUGGGUAUGGUGCUGCGUGCCUGCAACCCUAGCAAGAGGCUGAGGCAGAGGGAUGGAAGCUUCCAGGCCAGCCUGGGCACCUGAGUGAGAUCUGGCUCAAAAUGACAGUGACAAAUGGGGAUGCUGGGGUGGAGAUCAGUGGCAGGCCCCGCACAGGAAGGCUCUGGGUCCUCUGCUGCUGUCACGGCCACUGGAACACGGGACAACCUCUAAGUGUUGUGGUUUCCCACUCCUCGGCGUGUUUCUGAAACCCACCAUUUAUCAGACAUAGUGGCACUGGUCUGUAAUCCCAACUCUAUCUUAUUGUUUUCUGAGAUGGUCUCUAUGUAGCUCAGAUGGCCUGAACUCGUGGGUAAUCCAUCUCUACCUUUGGAGUGCUGGGAUCACUAUCAUACAAGAUGGCAAUUCCCCUUUUUAAGAAAAUUAAUUCGACCCUCCCCAAAGUUAUUAAACUUGAAAAAUAAUUACGCAUGGGGGGCAUAACUGUGGCAUGGUGCCUGUGUACCAGUCGGGGACACUUGCAGGAGCUGGUCCUCUCCUUCUUCCAGGAGGGUCCCAGGGAUGGACUCAGGUUUUCAGGCUUGGUGGCAGAGGCCUUUUAUCCAUUAAGCCAGUUUGAGGGCCAUGAUUUGUUUUGUUUGUUUGCCUGUUUGUUUUGAAACAGGGUCUCAUGUAGCCCUAUCUGACUUGGAACUUGCUGUGUAGACCAGGCUGGCUUGAAACUCAAGAGAUCACCUGCCUCUCCCUCCUCAAUGAUAGGAUUAAAGGUGUGUGUCACCAUGCCUGGCUGUAAGACUCCCUUUGGAAAAACAAAAAACAAAAACAAACAAAGGAAAAAACUGGGAGCAGAUUUUGUGGUGCAAGGUCUCUGCACCCUGGAGAAGAGGCAGAAGGGUCAGGAUUCUGGGUUAUUCUGGUACAUAGAAAUUCCAGGCUAACCUAACCGGAGUGGAGUUGGGGAGGGACGGAUGAGGAGGGGAGGGUGUAGCUCAGGGGUAACAGGCCUUGCUGAAAAGGGAUGGGGGCGUGGCUCAGCGGUAGAGUGCUGUCGACGGACAGACCAUUGAUGAUCCAGUUUUACAGAGGAGACUGAGGCCAAGCAGGAGUCACGUGGCAGACGUUGCACAGCCUGGACACGGGGAAAGUUGGGUGGAGGCUGGCCCCCUGUUGGACCUCGCUGCCCCUCCAGCUCUCUCCAGAGGACGAAGUCAACAUCGGAAACCAGCAAAAGCCCUACUCACCCCACUCUGUACGAAGUCUUUGCCCCCAUGAACUUGGAUAUAAAUGGUUUUUACCAGCU